UCACAUAAACUGUUUAAAUAUUUUAGAAUCUGUAUUUAAUUACUCUUUGCUUACAAUGAUUAGUAAAACUUAUUUCUUUUUCGAUUUUUUUUCUACGAUUUUAGUAACGGGAACUAGCGUGGUGAUAGACUGCUAUAGUACAACGGUAGAUAAUUACAUCGGCCACCAGCAGACGACAAGGGACGGGAUACCGUGCAGAAGAUGGGAUUCAAACGUUUUACAAGUCUACAAGAAUGAACAAUUCCGUGACGCUACAGUAUCAGAUGCCGCAAACUUUUGCCGUAAUGUCGGAAAGAAUUAUAUCUGGUGCUGGACGUCAAACAGAAGCGAUUGGGACAUAUGUGGAAUUGAUAAAUGUGAUAACAACGGUAUAAACAAAUGUGGAAAUUUGAAAAUUGAGCAACCAGCUUUACUACGAAGGAACGUCACAUUUACUUUUACCCCAGACGCACAUGAUCCAGAUGCAAUUCUCGAAUGGCAACGUACAGCUGAUGCUAAACGAUAUCCAUGGUACACUCGUCCUUUAACAUACAAAUUCACUCAGUAUAAUGAAAAUGGAACAUACUACAUGGUCUUAACAAACAGUUUACUUAAAGUUGAUGAGGUAUAUUAUCGGAUACAUUAUUACAACGAAAGCAUGCACUGUUGGAUGGAAGCAGGAAAACUGGAAAUUGAUGAUCGCCAAAAUAAUUCAUGUGGGUAUGUUUACCUGAGAAAUGACCGUGUUUUGGAGGGCGAGAAUGUAUAUUUAGAAUAUUAUCCGUCUAAAGAUGUAAUGGAAAACCCUGAUAACUUUAAACGCACAUGGGCUCGAUCAAGAAAUGGAUAUACAUCUUAUAUAAAACUGCUUGAAAAUGAUAUUUACAUUGAAAAUAAGAAUGAAAAUGGAAUAUAUAUAUUGACUAUUUCUAUGGUCAACAGUCGUAUGAACGGACGUUACGGAGUUUAUUGUGGCAGAGAAACGGGAUAUACAAAUAAUGUUUCAGUGGUUGUACAAGUGCCACCAAGCGCUCCAGAAUUUGUAGGUUUGCAGGACAUUGAUGAAUGUAAGAAAUGCAUUGUUGGUUCUGACAAAGAGAACAUUCAAGUCCAUUGCAAGACAAGUGGCGGGACACCACCCGUUGAUGUAACUGUAACAGUAGGAGACAAGUCAUUCCAAGCAAUGCAUCAUGAUGUUGAUAGAUCGUUUUAUAAAGCAUUUAUCACACUUACUGACAGUUACCACAAUGCAACAAUCACUUGUUCGGUAAUGAAUGAUGCGUUAUCAUCACCACUACUCACUACUGCCCAAGUGUAUGUUAUAAAGCCCCCUACUAAUGUUCUUCUAGUAGCAUCAAGCGAUCUAAAAGAAGGGAGUCCUGUUCACAUCCUUUGCCUGAGUCAAAGCUCAAGACCUUCUCCGAUGGUUUACUUAAAUGUUUCCGGUAUAAAAGUGUCGUCUGCUGACGUAGAUACCAGCACUACUUUCGAUCAGGUCACUUCGUUAUACAGUAACUUUAUCACCUUGACAGCAUUCAAACGAGAAUGGCACGGAAAGAACAUCGUCUGCUGUAGCUUUAAUAAAUGGUACAAUGCACCAUCAUACUGUUCCCAACCGAAACAAGUUAACUUUGUGUUUCCUCCAUCUGACAUCAAACUUGAAAUCAAAUUUGACUCGGUAGAUCCACUUCAUAUGUAUGCCGUAUGUACCCUGAACAAUUCAAAUCCGGCUUGCACGGCUAACUUCCUGGCAGCCAGCAUAAGCAUCGGUUCAGAAAGGAACUCAAUAAACAUGAGUCUCCCUCAUGGCGCGUGGAAAACAGAGUAUGUCGUUAAUUUGAAUGUCAGUAAAGAAGACAAUGGUAAAGAUGUCACAUGUGCUGCCGAAUGCGCAGACUUUCAGGAUCUGGAACUAAGAGACACAAAGAAAAUCAAACUUCCAUGGAACAAAAAACAAAUGUCUGAAAUGUCAGACGAAGGAAAUGGAACACUUAUUGGAAUCAUUGUCGGAAUAUGUUCAGCGCUUGUCGUAAUAGUUGUUGUCAUAGUAGUUGUCAUCAAGAAAACACGAGACAAUGAUCAAGAUCAGCCGAGUCAGGAAAGAAACAGUCUUCGACAAAGGUUUGUUUAUUUUACAAUAUAGGUUAUUACCACAGUAUUACUCUAAAUGUUUUCUUCUUAUUUCAC